UCUCCCUUCCUAUAUUUCAGACGACCAAAAUGGGGAGGAUAGACAAUGCCCCAUCUCCCAAAAUGAAGCAUUUCAGCCAUCCUCACGAGCUAGAGCUAUGGAGCAGCACUACUUCUUUCCAAUCUCAUCAGCAAACCCUAAUGCCAACAGACUCAACAACAACGACGACAAUUCUUCGUUGUUCAGCUUGCCAACUUCCAUCAACCGAAAACAUGUACAUCUGUCGCCCCUGCAACUUUUCUCUCCAUGUAAGCUGUGCCCAAUUUCCUCGAGUCUUCAACCACCCCGCCCACAAGAACCACGUCCUCACCCUCCUCCCUGUCGCUGCAUAUGCGGGGGGCAUAUUCAACUGCGAUGCGUGUAACCGACGAGGCAAUGGGUUCAGCUACCAUUGUGGUAGCUGUGAAUAUGAUCUUCAUGUUUUGUGUGCUUCUAAGCCAUUAAGGUUCACUCACCCGUCCCAUUUUUGCCAGCUUGAGCUCACUUUUACAAACCCUUAUGGUAAUGCCAAAGGGUUCUCUUGCGAUGUUUGCCACAAGUUUGGAUCAAAACAAUGGCUUUAUAGAUGCAGUGCAUGUGAGUUUGAUGUCCAUUUGGAUUGCACCACCGUCCCGACCCCGACGACGACCGCGCCGACACAAGUAAGUACCCCAGGGUCGUCGUUCGGGACGGUGGUUCAAUUUCAAGGUCAGGGCAUGACACCAACACCUACACCUGCUGGUGCACCCGUAAGUGCACCGGCAUCCGCGAUGGCGAGUCAUUUUCUACAGCAUCAAGGACCGUUUCCUACUCGGUAUAUUCAUAACCAAGUCGGCUUAGGUCAAUCGGCCCAACCAGCCCAUCAACAGUCCAUGCAUAGCGCAAGAAUGGUUGCAGAUAACAGUACCCACAGACCACAGAUGGGGCCGACAGAUAUGGCCUUGAUGGGGGUGGGCCCGAUUUUGAGUGGGCCAACGAUAGCGGGGCCUGAUAUUUCAAUGCCCAGUGCAAGUACGGGGCAAUUGGGGAACUACUGGCCAAUGGAGCAGGUAAUGCAUGGGCCACCAGUUGUGAGGCCUAAUGUUUUGAUGCAUAGUGCAAGUGCGGGGCAAUUGGGCUAUGUUUCGCCGGUGGGGCACACGACGAGUGGCCUGAUGAAUUCUGCGAUGCAAGGAUUUGUCGAAGGUGGAGGACAACAGGUGGGGCAAAAUUUGGUGCAAGGUGUGAUUGGCGGUGGCGGCAGCGGCGGUGGUGGUUGGGGAGGGGAUGGAACUUCUAUCCCUGGGAGCCUGUUUGAAGACUCAUUGUAUACACAAAAUUAGGAACUUAUUUUUGGAAAAGUAAAGAAGAAUUUUAGCCUAGAAAUUGA